UUGAAAAUUUCCAUCAAGCAGAUAACUGAAAAUGAAAGUAAAAUUUAUUUUUUGGAAAUCUCUCUGACAGUUUUACUACAGAGUUGACAAAGAUUGGAACAGUUUUGGUCUGACUGACAGUUUUAGCUUACAAGAAUGGAUAACAGACGUAAAGAAAGCAAAGAACAACCAAAAAGUCAAAGUAGGAUGAGAAAUAAACAAUGGGAUCGUGGAUCCAAAGGUUUUGGUACUAUUGAAGACAAGGAAAGCAAAGAACAACCAACAAGUCAUCAUAGUGGGAUGAGAAAUAAACAAUGGGAUCGUGGAUGCAAAGGCUUUAGUACUAUUGAAGACAAGGAAAGCAAAGAACAACCAAUAAGUCAUCAUAGUAGGAUUAGAGAUCAACAAUGGGAUCGUGGAUGCAAAGGCUUUGGUAGAACUGAUGACCAAAGAGAUCAUGGAUAUAGUAAAAGGAACAGCAAUAAUUCUAGUAGGAAAUAUCAAAACAGGAGCUAUAAUGACAAUUCAGACAGGAAAUACAACGAUAGAGGGAAGGGAUCACAACAUGGAAAAUUUAAAUCAAGCUUCGGUGAAGGUACACGGAAAAUGGCACGACGUGAAGUACAUGAACAAAAGUCAGAGUUGAAGAUGAAAGGACAAAACUUAUAUCUUACAAUUAAUAAUUUUAAAGGAAGUGAAGAUGAUUUGAAAAUGUUUUUAGAGAAGAUUACGAGCCGACGAUUUCCAAUUAGUGAUUUCAGAUAUGAAGAUCAAGCUGUAUUGUGUACAGCAGAAAUGUAUAGCGCACGUCAGGUUAAAGAUGUACUAAAUGAAUUUGUAUUUCACAACAGGAAAUCAGAUGUGAAAGUUAUUGCAAGACAAGAUCAAUUGGGACGUCAGAUUCCCAUAAAUACAUUGAUAUCAGAAUGCAAUGAAAACAUGACGAGAGAGGCUAGUGACUUCAUAUCUAUACAUACAAGUAAGAUAGAGAGAAUUCAGGAAAAAAUAGACCAAAAUGAAAGAGAAGAAAAUGAAUUUACGGAGGAUUCUGAACAAAAAGAUGAAAUUAAAGCACUGAAGUCCAAACUACAAGAGAUGAAUUUACAGAAAACAGAAUUCCAAGGAUUCUUGAAAUGUACCAUAGACAAGUUAGAGAAAGUCAGAGAAUCUAAGAAGGUUGAAUUAGAACUUAAAACGAUCUACUUGGGAUUUCAAGUCGAAUGCACCCGACUAAAAAAUGCUUUACCAAUAUACGCCCGACGAUCAGAUAUUGUUUCAAUGAUAACAAAUAAUCAAGUGUCAGUUUUGUUAGGUGAGACAGGAUCGGGAAAGAGUACCCAAAUAGCUCAGUAUAUGUAUCAGACUGGAAUGGCAAACACAAGAUUGAUAGUAUGUACUCAACCACGUAAGAUUGCAGCCAUUAGUCUUGCAACACAUGUAGCACGAGAAAUGGGAACAUCAGUUGGACAACUAGUAGGAUACAAAGUAGGUAUGCAAAUUAAGCAAACACGUAAUACGAAGAUAAUUUAUAUGACGGAUCAUAUGCUCUUAAACGAAUGUCUGAAAGAUAAAAAUUUCUCUGCCUACUCGUGUAUCAUUGUAGACGAGGCCCAUGAAAGGAGCAUUUAUACCGACCUCCUUUUGGGUAUGAUAAAAAAGAGUAUAAAGAACAGACCAGAUCUAAGAGUGGUGGUUACCUCUGCAACUAUAGAUCCUGCAGUGUUUGUGAGUUACUUCGGAACCUGUCCAAUACUAUCAGUAUCUGGUCGAAUGUUUCCGGUAGAAGUGGUGUGGACAGAAGACGAAUCAUCUUUUGAAAAUCACGAACAAGCAGCAUUAGACAAAACUAUCGAAGUUCAUCAUAAUGAAGAACAAGGGGACAUUCUCACAUUUCUUACUUCCCCAUUAGAAGUGGAAAGAUGCUGUGUUGCUCUUGAAGAUGCAUUAAAUUCGGACACAGACUUUAUUUGUUUACCCCUUCAUGGACGUUUACAAGCAAAUGAACAACAGAAGGUAUUUGACCCAUCUCCAAAAGGCAAAAGGAAAAUUGUGUUUGCCACAAAUAGCGCAGAAACAUCGAUAACUAUUCCAGGAAUAAAGUAUGUCAUAGAUACAGGUGUCGCUAAGGAAAUGCAAUUUGAUCCAAAACGAAACAUAAGCAUGCUUCUUGUUAAAACAAUAACACAGAGUUCAGCAGAUCAGAGAAAGGGGCGUGCUGGCAGAACUGAUGCCGGAAAAUGUUUUAGGUUGUACUCGUCAGAAACGUAUGAUAACAUGGAACGUAAUUCUCGACCGGAAAUACUUCGAGUACAUCUAGGACAUGCGCUCCUUAAACUUAUGGAGCUUGGUGUUGUUCCUUUGGAAUUUGAUUUCGUACAAAGUCCAUCACGUGAACUACUGGACGCUGCAAUAGAAACACUAGAAUCGGUUGGGGCCGUAGUUGACAGAAAGAUAACAGAAUUAGGAAAAUGGAUCGCAAAAUUGCCAAUUGAUCCAAAAUUCGGAAAAUUCAUUCAUGACGCAAUUAAUGAAGGAAUAAUUAUAGAAGCCAUCAUACUUUCAGCUUGCUGUGCAGCAGGAGGUUCUAUGUUUUAUCGAUCAGGAACAGAAGAAGAAAAAAGUAGAGCGGAUAAACUGAAAAUAAGAUUUUGUCAUGAAGGAGGGGAUCUCAUGACGAUGAUGAAUGUGUUUAGAGAAUGGCACGAACAACCUGAAAAAACGAAAGGUGUUUGGUGUACUGAUAAUUCUAUAAACGGAAAGUCCAUUCGUGGAGUACGAGAUACGGUUAAUGAGGUUUUAAAUGUUUUGAGAAAGGAUCAAGGAACGAAGCAUAAAUUUCAACUCAAAUCACCAUCAGAUGUUGAUAACAAAUUACAGAAAAUGUUGUUUGAAACAUUCAGUCGAAAUCUUUGUCAUUUUUUAGGACACGAGAAAGCAGGAUAUCUGGUUGUAAAUAAAGAUCAACAUGUGCAAUUGUUUCCUGGAUCUUCAUUGAAAUCACUAGGACUGUUGCCGAAUUGGAUCGUUAUAGAACAAGUUUUGAAAACAUCAAAUGACUUUGCCAUUAAUGUUACCAUUGUACCUGACGAAUGGAUAUAUGAAGCGAUGAAGGAAGGAAGGAUGCAGUUAGACAUAGACAGCUUGAAAGAACAAAGAGUCGAGCAAGUUGCAGUGUUCGAUGCUGGCGAACAAGUAUUUAGAGACUUUGUUGGAGUCAAAUAUUCAAAAAAGCGAGAACUUGAAAAUCAAAUCAAGGAAAGUGGCAAAGGUAGAUUAGUUUUUCUUGAUACAUCAAAGCAAUUAGGAGAGAUAAGUUUAUAUUCGCAAGAAAUGAAACAUGUUACAGAAUUUGAAGACAUCAUCAGAGACAGAGUUGAAAAUCUGCGACAAAAAUUCAAGUAUGAAAAAAGUGAACAAUUUUUGUCUUCUGUACAGAUUGGGGUUCGAGUAGUUAUUGGAGCUGGUAUGAAUAUAGUGGAUGUCUUAAUGGCAGAUGAAUAUGCGACUAUAUUCAUUACAGGAAUACCAAAGUUUAUCGAAAAAAGGACAGAGGAAGAGAUGAUAAAUACGUUUGAAAAGUUUGGCAAAAUUAUUAAAAUCGAAAAAUUUAGAAAAAGCAAAAACAAAAAUAAUUGGGGCCGAAUUACAUUCGAGAAUAAAGAAUGUGCUAAACAAGCUGUGGUAUCAAUGAAAGAAGCCCUAGAUAUAGGAGCACGACCUAAUACCGGCUUUCAAAGCGCAGACAUUCGUGGAUUUCGCACCAAGCUACAGUGGUGCAGACGACCAUCAAAAGGUUUCGGAUUUGUAAAAUUUAUAGACCCAACAAAUGCCACGAGAGCACUAAUCACACCGAUACAUGUUGCUGGUUCAGUUGUUAAAGUAGAAUAUAGCAAAAAUGGAAGUGACGAAUUGCAUGUCAGCAAUCUAAAUCGCCUCGUCAAUGAGGACGUUCUGCGUCAUGGUUUUAUGGAUGCCUUAGAUCUUGAUGUAAAUGACAUCAAACGCGUGCAAGUCAUAAGACAAAAGGUUAACACAGCAAGAGACAUAUUAGACACUUUCCGACAGCGCCUUCGUAGAAAAGUGGAAAAGUAUGUACAGGAAGGCACUUAUGAACUUGAUUUGAGACCACCUAAGGACUCUGACUUCAAUUUUUGGGCUUUUAUCUCGUUUUCGAAACCAGAGGAAGGUAUUGCUGCAUGCGCAGGUAUCGAUCAUAGUUUUGUUAUGAGUGACCAAGUCGUCACAAUGAAAGUCGACUUGAAAACGUCCAUUAUGAUUCAGAAACUUGUGUACAAUAAGUACAAUGAAACUGUUGAUACCUUAGUGAAAUCAUUACAAAAAACUGAGCCAGUAAAUAUUCAACAGAAAGAGUUACGAAACGGCAACAUUAUCAUUAAUUUACAUUCUGAUAGUGUUGAAUCUAUAAUGAAAGUCAAGAGUGAUAUUCUGGGUGUUAUAAAAGGGAGAGUUCUGGAUAUUGAAUCACAUACAAAUAUUAACAGACUGUUCACCUGGGAUGGAAAAGAAUGGAUAAAGACCGUUAUGGAAAAGACUGACACAGCAAUCGUUGCAGACGAAAGGAUUUUGUCCGUGUCCGUUCACGGAGAGAAAGAAAAUCAACAGAGCGCUAUAGAUAUGAUGGAAGCUUAUUUACAGAAAUUGAAGACCAGCAAGUGUAAAACUAUAUUGCUAAAAGGAGAUGACAAACCCCCUGGACUGAUGAAAGAGUUAAUGUUGCGCUAUGAAUACGACUUUAAAAAGCUAGUGAAGGAGUCAGGAAUGAAAUGUAUCGAACUUGAUCAUCGAUUGCAUCUAAUAACACUGAUUGGAGAAGAUCGUACAAUAGAAGAUGCCUGUGUAAUAAUAAAUAGUGUUAUAGAAUCGAUGAUCAAAAAUCGUAAGGAAUACAAACUACAGCGAACGCACACACGUGAUUGUGUUGUAUGUUUUUGUCCAAUCGAAGAAGGAGAAAUAUACAGAUUAGAAGUGUGUGGUCAUCCAUAUUGCAAAGACUGUGUUGAGCUUCAGUUUAUAUUAAGCGUGAAAAAUAAUACGUUUCCGCUUUCAUGCAGUGAUGAAGGAUGUACGGAAUUAUUAGCAUGGAAAGAUAUAUCGAAUUUGUCUCUAAGGACCGCAGUUCCAGUAAACGACGUGGUGAGGAAAGCUACCAGCUCAUUUGUAUCGAAGCACAGGAAGGAUUACAAAUAUUGCUCAACACCAGACUGUCCUCUUAUUUACCACGUGACCGACAAGGAAUGUCUCUUUUGCUGCCCAGAAUGCGAGGUUCGUAUCUGUACAGCAUGUCAUAAUCAGUUUCACGACGGUCUUACAUGCUCAAUGGUCGAGAGUAUGAAGAAAGACGAUGGGGGUUUGAACCUAUGGAUGAUACAAAACAUUGGACGAGCAAAGUAUUGUCCAAGCUGUUCGACGCCGAUUGAGAAAAUUGAUGGAUGCAACUACUUGGUUUGUGCCGGAUGCAAUUCACACAUUUGCUGGGCUUGUUCUGCCUUCUUCGAUUCGGAUACAGAAUGCUAUGGACAUAUGGACAGAGAACAUGGUAGUUUUGUUUAGAUUUUUUAUAAUUCAGAAUUCUAUGGGCAUGGUGAUAAAAUACAUGGCAUUUGGUUAGAGUAAAACUAUAAUUGAUAAUUCAGAAUGAUAUGGAAAUAAGGAUAUAGACAAUUGUAGAAACUAUGGUAUUGUCUGUUUUGUCUUAAGAUUUAUGUUGUACCCUUGGUAUCUUCACUAUUGAUAAUGUUGUAUCAUAAUGCUUACAUAAGUGAAUAUGGAAUAUGA